GAAAAGAAAGGAGAAAAACAGAGAUGAAGUAAAGAGAAAGAGAGAGCAAGGAGAUCAAAAGCAUCAAUGGACAAGAGUAACAACAUCGGCAAUCGAUUGAAGCAUCGAAUAGCUCAAAUGCUUCUCAGCUCCUCCUGCGCCACCGCCAGUGUAAUAAACUUCUCUGAUAAAGUCUCCCAAGAGCCUGUCUUCCCCUCCAGCAAUCUCCAUGUCCACCACCGAGGCAAGCUCGACCAUCUCCCGCAUCGCAUGCCUCCCGUCGUGCAGGUCUCCAUUGAUUGCAGCAGCCGCAGGUCCGUUCGCGCCCCCGACCCAAACCUUGCUUUGACCACAGAGCAGGCGAAGAGGAAUCGGAAAAAAGAGAGGAGAGUUACGGAAACUGGAUUCGUCUAUGAAACUGGAGUAGGGGAGGGUAGGAAGUGCCCUCCUGCCUCGCCUUCUUCUCCCUCCAAUGAUUACUACUACUCCCACUCCAAAGAGAGGAAGAAAGCAAUGGCUAAGAAGAAGGACAAGUUUGUAAACAAGAAGAAGACGCUGCUUUCCAAUGGUCGUGGAUUCAGCGGCUCCUCUUCGAGCGACUCAAACGAUGAAUUUGGCUUCUUCAGCAGUGAAGAAGGGGGGAAGGAGGAGGAAGAAGAGGAAGAGACGUGGACUCUCUUCUCAUCCAAGAGCUUCUCUUCCGACUCCUCGGAGUUCUACCACCGUGCUUCAUCCAAGAAGAAGACCGGGAAAAAGAAGUCCACUAGGCGACCCCCGAGAAGAGGCGCGAGGUAUUUUAAAGAUCGCUGGGGUGAAGGCAACAAGUCUCAGCCUCUAACUUCCGUGUCUUCGAUGGAGAAGAAGGAGACGGCGGCGGUGGCUCGGAGCGGGUUUGCGGUGGUGAAGCGAUCGAGUAAUCCAUACGAGGAUUUCCGGAGUUCGAUGGCGGAGAUGAUCUUAGAGAGGCGGAUGCGUGAACCCGAGGACUUGGAGCAGCUCCUCCACUCCUACCUCUCCCUGAAUUCACCUACUCACCAUGCGGUCAUCCUCGAGGCCUUCGCCGGUACAUGGGAAGCCAUCUUUGGGGAAUUAUGAUCUCUUUCGUUUGCCAUGUAAUUACAAUGUUUUUGUUGUCGUCCUAAUGGCAGUUGCUUUCUAACUGUAAUUUCUAAUUUUUCGAGUUCUACUGUAUUGCUCUGAAAUAUAUCAUUGUAUCCACUAGAUUCAGUUCGUU